AUCUACUGAUUUGAAAAGCACCCUUCUCCUUCUAUCUUAGAGAAGCAGCAAGCUACCUCACUCUCGAAAACCACUCCCCAUCUCUCUCUUUCUCUCUCUCUCGCCGGCGAGCGAUGCCCCCAGAUCGAAGCCGGAGAAAGCGCCCAAUCCCCGAGAUCUAACCCUAGAGAUCGCCGCCAUGGUCGCCGCCGCUCGAGAUCCCGUUCUCCGGCCCCCUCUCAUCCCGUCCGAGAAGGACAAUGCCGCUCCCUCUCGCCGCCCCAAGAGCAAGGAGAUCCCUUCUCGUUACUCCUCCUCGUCGUCUUCAUCUUCGUCGUCGUCGUCUUCCUCCGGUCGUCGUUUCCCCUCUCCUCUUCUCACGCCUGCGACCCCCGCCCGGCCGGCUACCCCCAAGAGGUCCCACUCUGUCGACCGUGCCCGCCCCUCCACCCCCAAUGCCGGAACCUCCUCCGCCGCCCGGGCCCUCUGCACCACUACUCGCAGCCUCUCCGUCUCCUUCCAGGGCGAAUCGUUUUUCUACCAGACAUCCAAGGCCAAGGCUGCGUCCCCUAGCCCCGCCCGUAAGUCUACCCCCGAGCGCCGCCGGCCCUCUUCCACCGUGGCCACACCGUCGGAGAACUCCAAGCCCUUUGAACACCAUCGGUGGCCCGCCGCGAGGCCUCGGCAAUCGAAUCCGCUGGCGAGAAGCUUAGAUUGCUCGUUGAACCAUAAAGAGCCCGUACUCGCUGCUGUUCGAUUGCUGAAUCAGUUCGAGGACACUACUCGGAGGGCUUCGUUUGAUGGCGGGGAGUUCUCUGCGUCUUCGGAUACUGAUAGUGUUUCGUCGGGGAGUAAUUCGGGUGUUCAGGAAUCACGGCCGAAGGCUUUGCCGCGCGGCAUUAGCGUGCCUGCGAGGUUCUGGCAGGAGACGAACAGCCGGCUUCGCCGGUUGCCCCAACCAGGAACCCCAUUGUCAUCGUCUCCGAUCUCUAGAACUCCGGUUGUGCCGCCUAAUCUUGCUAAUGUGAAGAGAUCAUUGGUGGAUAGUCCGUUGUCAUCUCCCCGCACAGUGUCUUCCCCAUUACGUGGGCCUGCGAGGCCAUCUUCACCUAGCAAGCUUGCAGCUUCUCCUUCAUUGAGGGGGACUGCGAGUCCAUUGAAGACGAGGGGGAGUGUGGUUUCGGGAUCGAAUGUGAUUGUGCAGCAGUCAGGGAAUGCACCUUCCAUUUUAAGCUUUGCAGCAGAGGUCAGGAGGGCAAAGAAGGGGGAGAAUAGGAUUGAAGAAGCUCAUAUGUUGAGGUUGUUUCAUAAUCGGCAGCUUCAAUGGCGAUGGGUGAAUGCGAGGGCCGGUGCUGCACUCUUGCUGCAGAGACUUACUGCAGAGAAAAAUGUAUUUAAUGCGUGGAUAACCAUCUCUGGUUUGCGUGAUUCUCUCACCCUUAAACGGAUCAAGCUUCAUCUGCUGAGACAAAAUGUAAAAUUAAUUUCGAUUCUGAAGGGACAGAUGGCCUAUCUUGAAGAUUGGUCAUUAUUGGACAGAGAGCAUUCUAGUUCCUUGUCAGGAGCUAUUGAGGCAUUAAAAGCUAGCACUCUUCGCCUUCCAAUUGUUGGUGGAGCAAGGGCUGAUAUCCAAGAAGUUAAAGAUGCUGUUGGUUCUGCAGUUGAUAUAAUGCAAUCAAUGGGAUCAUCGAUAUGCUCUCUGUUGUCAAAGGUAGAAGGGACGAGCGCCUUGGUGUCGGAACUUGCUAAAGUGGCUGCACAAGAACAAGCUUUGCUGGAUCAAUCGAAAGACCUCCUAUCGACCAUUGCAGCUAUGCAUGUAAAACAAUGUAGCCUGCAAGGUCAUAUAAUACAAUUAAACUGCAAACCGACCCAGUUACUGCUGUAGAGAAGACUCAUAGCUGCUUUGGUGAUUACUAACCACAUCAACUGUUCUUUUUCUAACCGAAGAUUGCGCACUGGAAGUAAUAAAGCAGGAUGAAUUUUUGGGUUCGAAGUGGCUGUUCCAAUUCUUCGUAUCGAUCACACCUAGACCCCGGGUGAGUGUAUUUUUGUAUGCACAUUAUCACAGAAAUGUCCAUUUACCCUCAAGGUUUUAUGGUAGAUGUACACAGAUUACUUCUAUGCUGAUCAAAGGAAAUCUAAUGUAUAUAUGCAUUACUCUCUUUCUUGCCUUUAUUUAUAUAAUAUUAAUCUUAUGAUAUAUCA